AUGUACCAGGUAAAGAAUCGAUUAAAGGUGACAGGCUCAUGUACCCGAUCCGUUGCUUUAACCCGAAACAGAAAAUUACUUCUUCGGUUCUUCCUUUUCUUCUGUCCUAAAUUUGUGUUGUACGGCAACCCUCUUUCUAUCUCCUUCGCUCUCCCUGAAUUUCUCUCUCACAUCGUCGGAGACGAAACGGGAUCUAGGGUUCAACCAGUCUCCGCCCGCCGUGCAAUCGGUCAAUCCAUCUUAUCUAAAAGCCAUAAAAGGAAUGCAAGACCUGAUACAGUGAAGUCUUCUUCUCAACCUUCCAAACCUUCUCCUAAACCAAGCAAUGAUGAGGUGGAUUCUGAAGAUGAUAAACCACUAAGUUGUAGAAUUUCAACUGUAUCCAAGGUGGACACCAAUCAUGCUAAAAAAGGGCCAGGUACAAGUGUGUCCCCACUUCCAAAACCAUCAGUAAAAGAUGAAGAUUCUGAUGAUGAGAAACCAUUGUCUUUAAAAUAUAAUUCCAAGUCCAAAGUGGGAUCAUCUAAUAAUCAUAAACCAGUGGUUCCCAAAGUUCAUCAAAAUGGUUCUGCAUCAAAGGAUAAUACUCAAUUGAAGAAUAUUGGGUUGAAUAAGAGACCACCAGAUGAGGAAAGAUCUGCUUCGGUUAAAAAGCCAAAGCUUUCUGAUUCUGUAACACCUGUCAACCAAAAACCAGUAGCUUUGAAAGCAGAAAUUAAGUCAGAUGAUGAUGAUGAUGAUGUUCCCAUAUCGCAAAGAAUAAAGAAACAAGCUCCAUCAAGUAGUAAUAAAUCUUCAUCUGUAAAACAAAAGGUGAUGAAAAAGAGUUCUUCAUCUUUAAACCAAACCAACAAGAAGUCAAAAAAGAUGAUGAAACAGAAACAAUCAAAAUAUUCUAAGCCAUCAAAGAUCCCCCCUGGUUCUGGUGAAGGGCAGAAAUGGACAAGUUUGGUUCAUAAUGGUGUAAUUUUUCCACCUGAAUACAAGCCUCAUGGGGUUAAGAUGCUAUACAAAGGGAAGCCUGUUGAUUUGACUCCUGAACAAGAGGAGGUUGCAACAAUGUUUUCAGUGAUGUUAGAUACAGAUUACAUGGCCAAACCUCAGUUCAAAGAGAAUUUCUGGGGUGACUGGCGAAAGAUAUUGGGAAAAAACCACACAAUCCAGAAUUUGGAAAAUUGUGAUUUCAAACCAAUAUAUGAGUGGCAUCAGGCUGAAAAAGAGAAGAAGAAGCUAAUGACAACAGAAGAAAAAAAGGCCAUAAAAGAGGAGAAAAUGAAGAUAGAAGAGAAAUAUAUGUGGGCAAUUGUUGAUGGUGUCAAAGAAAAGGUUGGUAAUUUCAGAGUUGAGCCACCUGGGCUAUUCCGUGGGCGGGGGGAACAUCCAAAGAUGGGAAAGCUGAAAAAACGAAUCCAUCCAAGUGAUAUUACCAUAAACAUCGGAAAGGAUGCUCCGAUUCCAGAAUGUCCGAUUCCUGGCGAAAGCUGGAAGGAAAUCAGGCAUGAUAAUACUGUGACAUGGUUAGCAUAUUGGAAUGAUCCAAUCAAUUCAAAGGAAUUCAAGUAUGUGUUUUUAGCUGCUAGCAGUUCCUUGAAGGGUCAGAGUGACAAGGAAAAAUACGAGAAGGCAAGGAAGCUGAAGGGGUACAUAGAAGGCAUACGGAAGGCUUACACUAAAGAUUUUGGAAAUUCGGAUGUCACAAAGAAGCAAGUGGCAGUGGCUACAUAUCUCAUUGAUAAACUAGCUCUCAGGGCAGGGAAUGAGAAGGAUGAUGAUGAAGCUGAUACAGUAGGCUGCUGCACAUUGAAAGUGGAAAACGUGGAGCCUGAGCCUCCAAAUAUCCUAAAGUUUGACUUUCUUGGUAAAGAUUCUAUAAGAUACCAGAAUGAGGUUGAAGUGGAGCUUCCUGUCUUCAAAGCAAUCCAACAGUUUCGAACAGGCAAAGCGGGAAAUGAUGAUCUAUUUGACAAGCUGGAUACAAGUAAAUUAAAUGCUCAUCUCAAGGAAUUAAUGCCUGGUCUUACUGCUAAAGUUUUCCGUACUUAUAAUGCAUCCAUCACUUUGGAUGAUAUGUUGACAAGGGAAACCAAGGGUGGAGAUGUUACUCAAAAUCUAGUCGUUUACCAACAUGCAAAUAAGGAGGUUGCAAUCAUAUGUAACCAUCAACGUACUGUUUCAAAGUCUCACAGUGCACAAAUGACGAGGUUGAAUGAGAAAAUAGAUGAAUUAAAGGGUGUCAUAAAAGAGUUGGAAAGUGAUUUGGCUCGUGCAAAGAAAGGGAAGCCUCCAUCAAAUAAAAAUGGUCCUGAUGGAAAACCAAAGAGGAACUUGAACCCCGAAGCGUUAGAGAAGAAAAUAGCUCACACUAAUGCAAAAAUUGAGAAAAUGGAACGCGAUAAAGAGACCAAGGAAGAUUUGAAAACGGUAGCACUGGGUACUUCAAAAAUAAACUAUCUUGACCCCAGAAUAACUGUUGCAUGGUGUAAGAGACACGAAGUUCCAAUUGAGAAGCUUUUUAACAAGUCUUUACUGGCAAAGUUUGCGUGGUCAAUGGACGUGGAUCCCAGUUUCAGAUUCUGAUUUUGACAGUUUAUAAAAAUUAACAAAAAGAGGUCACAAAAAUGAUCUACCACCUUUUCUUACAUUUUUUUUAGUUUCAUUUUUAGCGACUAUUGAUUGAUAGUUUAUGUUGUAUUACCCCUCCCCGUAUUUUAAGUCAAUUCAAUGAUGAGUUGCUUUCUCUAAUCCUGUGUGGUAAACUUUCUAUUUUUCAUUUUAUUG